AUGGAUGACUGUAAACACCCUGAUAUAGUCCGUUCUAACUCCUCUUCUGAUGAGAAAUCAUUGGAAAUUCAACUAUCCAAUCAUACAGCUGCAUUUAAGCCAGAAGUUCCAGAUGCUGGACGCAGUUCUGUCAGUUCAUUCAGUAGCACUGGUUGUAGCAAGAAAAACUCAAGUUCCACUCAGGAGCCAGACACAAAAGCCAGGAGGUCUAAUGUUGGCCUAGUUAAUUCCCUUGGUAAUGAUCUUCUGCAACCCAAAGCAUCAGUCGCCAGAGAAGGAAGUAGAGCAAGCUGUUUCUAUAAACAGGAUUCAGUUUUUGCACAAGAAAGUACAAAUGUGCCUGAUGGUCCACUUCAUAACAGACCAUGGCAGCAUGUUUUUUCCUCCCGACAAAUUCCUUCUCCAGUUAUUGAAACAUCUCUGACUAGCAAGGAGAAUGACCCAAAUCAUAUCCCCCGAUGCUCUGAGAAAGGACAGGAAGCUCGUAGUCGGUUCAGUAGCAGUGGGUAUGGUACAGGGUCUGGUGAAAGCUCUCAGGGAACUUCGGCUUCUAAAACCUCUGUUCAUUCGUCUCAUGAUACAUCUGUUCAUUUGUCUCAAGAGUCAUCCCCAGUAGAUACACUUCUGCAGAGGGCUGUGGGAAAUAGCAAUGUUGCCAGGGAUGAACCUAAAAAUGCUGAAGUUUCAAAAGCUGCUUCACCAAACACUGCAGUAUCAAAUAGUGGAGUCAGUCUCCAUAUAGAAAACCCAGAUUCCUUGAAACCGGCAUUCCUGUGUACAGGCUAUUCUAGCAAGGGUGCAGCAGAUGAGUCACUAUCAUCAAAGAGAGUCUUAACAACCCAUGGUGUUAAGCAUUCCUUUAGUGUUGGUAUAAAUGGUCCAGGUGUGACUUCAGAACUUCAAACUGCUGAAUACAAGCUGCAGAAUAUUUCAGUGAAUAUAAACCCUCAAAAAAUUGAGAGACAAAGUUCUUCUGUAGGUGGACAAAAUCUCAGGCAGCCUCAAAUGAAUCCUGCAAUACAGAAUCUCACAAGUUCUCAGGCGGGUGCUGUAUCACCGAGCAUGAAGCACUCGCUGUCAAGUACUCUGCUGCAAAACACAGGACAAACUCAGGAGAGUUUAGACCAGCAAAGACAAUCUCAGAUAAAUAUUAAUGAUGGCAUAAUUCAAAGUCCCCAGACUGGAGCUACUUGUAUAUACCCCAUGGGUCUACGGCAACAAGAAGCUCUUGUAUCUAAUGGAAAGUUGAAUGCAAGUUAUGAUUGUCAGAACCAGGCGAGGCUGUUGUCUAUCCAACACCACCCACCCAGCAGUGGUAGUCUGGGCUGCACCACUGCCCCUAUGAGCUCAUCAUCCAGUAGUGGCAGCUACUUGGUUCCUUUGAGUGUAGAGAACAAAUGGGCUGCUGAGCCAUCACAUGCUUCUCUAGCAAAGUGUUUGUUGUUGCAGUCAGGCUCAGUUGCUUCAGAAAGUUCCGAAGAAAGCCGCUACAAUCUUGAGUCCCUCUUGAAGUCAGGAAAUCAGUUGAUUCACAAAAAUGUUCAUUCAUCUGAUGCCGGACACUUUCCAGUUUUUCAUCAACAACUGCCGGAGAGUUUAAAUCGUUCAGUUUUGGCAGAGAUGCUUUCAAAUGCGUCAUCAACAAAUGAUGAGCUGCCUGGAAGAGACCUUUACCUUUGGGAGAAACUUCAAAGGAGCGUUAGAUGUAAUGAGAUUAACUGCAGUGUUCCUGAGUGUGCUCAGAUCAAGGCCAUCAUCACAGCUCUAGAAAACGAGAGAUGUAAUGUGUCGUCACUGACCAGCAGUUUCAAGAAUUUACUUCUGACAAUGUUUAACCACAUGGCUUAUGUCUGCGACCACCCCAAGUGCCCGUUUCUCUGGUGUGGGGAGCGCAUAGAUAACCUUGACCUGACUCCAGACGAGUGUCUGUUGAUUAUGAAACAACGAAUGGAAAAUUUUGCAGAACAUUGCAGACUGUUAAGGAGCCCAGUCAAGUAUAUGAAGUUGAAAACAUCAUUUCCCUACAACUCUAUGCCUGAGGAAGAUCUGCACUGGAUAAGGUUGUGCAUGAUGGGCACCUCCAGAAGGACUUUGCUGGUCAAACCGCUCCAGUUCAAUAGCUCUGACCCUCUCUCUGACAGCGAAUACUGGGUCAUUAAAAAGGUUUACUUAACAGAUGAAGGAGAUAACUGGAGUGUGUACUCAAGACUGAGAGAGGUGAAACACAGAUCUGUGGUUUCGAUGUUGUGGGCUGCUGCCUUUGAAGACCAUUUGCUUGUAUGUUCUGUGUAUGAGGGUUUCUCACUGAAUGAUUACCUUCCUUCAUUACCAUCCUCUCAGAGUCGAUUCAUUCCGGUGUUCUGCAUCAUGCAGCAGCUAAUUUCUGCCGCACGACAUAUCAGCUCACUGGGAAUAGUUUACCUCAACUGGACCAGUGAAAAUAUCCUGGUGACCUACCAUUCAGAAACAUACUUUCUCGUCAAACUGAGCAACUUCUCCUGUUCUGUACUGCUGGAGCGUCCUGAUGGCAGGCGGCCAUCUUACGAUGGCGGAUACCUGCGGUUGGCUCUUCCUUGGCAUGUCGUUACACCAGAGCUGAAAAAUGACUUCAAGGUUGAAUACGUCAGCGACGUAUGGGGAAUCGGUUGUUUGCUUCAUGAGCUAGCUACGGGAUAUUCUGUCUGGCAUGAGCACCGACACCAGGAUUUUGUUGCAUCAUUGGUUGGGACUCAACCCCAGGUACCUCGCACCUGUCCUGAGUUGUCAGAGAUGUUUACGGCUUGCUGGCAGCUGGACCCAAGCAAACGAGUACCAAUGAAUGACCUUGAGAUUAUGUUGAUACAAGCUUUCAGUCAUCAUUUGGGAAGCUAA